GCCCCGCUCGCCCCCAUGGAGAAGACGGAGCUGAUCCAGAAGGCCAAGCUGGCCGAGCAGGCCGAGCGUUACCACGACGUGGCCACCUGCAUGAAGGCCGUGACGGAGCGGGGCACCGAGCUGUCCAACGAGGAGCGCAACCUGCUGUCGGUGGCCUGCAAGAACGUGGUGGGCGGCCGCCGCUCGGCCUGGAGGGUCAUCUCGAGCAUCGAGCAGAAGACGGACGCCUCGGACAAGAAGCUGCAGCUCAUCAAGGACUACCGGGAGAAGGUGGAGUCGGAGCUGCGCUCCAUCUGCACCACCGUGCUGGAAUUGUUGAAUAAGUAUUUAAGAGCCAAUGCGACUAAUCCAGAGAGUAAAGUGUUCUAUCUGAAAAUGAAGGGGGAUUAUUUCCGGUACCUGGCUGAAGUUGCAAGCGGUGAUGAUCGAAAACAAACGAUAGAUAAUUCCCAAGGAGCUUAUCAAGAGGCUUUUGAUAUAAGCAAAAAAGAGAUGCAACCUACACAUCCGAUCCUUGCUCUGAACUUUUCUGUAUUUUAUUACGAGAUUCUCAAUAACCCAGAGCUGGCCUGCACACUUGCUAAAACGGCUUUUGAUGAAGCCAUUGCAGAACUUGAUACACUGAAUGAAGACGCAUACAAAGACAGCACCCUCAUCAUGCAGUUGCUUAGAGACAACCUAACAUUGUGACAUCAGACAGUGCAGGAGAAGAAUGUGAUGCCGCAGAAGGGGCAGAGAACUAAGUGCAUACAGGGUGGCAUACUCCCACCCAAGAAACCUUUUUACACAUCUCCAUUCCUUAUUCCAUUUGGAUUUCCUCUAGCAAAGAAACCCAUUCAUGUGUAUGGAAUCAACUGUUUAGAGUCUUUUCACACUGCAGCUUUGGGAAAACUCCAUUCCUUGGUUUGUGUUUGUCUUGGCCUUUUCUGGUGGGCAGUUACUGCUGUAGAAAAGUUUUAAUAGCUUCAUUUCAUAUAAAAAUAAGUAAUGUCCAAACACUUCUGUAGAUGACUAAAAAUGUACCUGAUAUUUAAGUAAUCUGAACCAGUUCUGCAAGUGACUGUGUUUU